AUGUCCUACUACUUUGUCAUCAUCUCGCCUACAGACACCCCACUCUUCGAAUUGACCUUUGGCACUUCCAAAGCCGGGGGAGAUGGGGUCGCCAGAUUCCGCAACGGAGAGACUGCCCGGUACAUGAACCAAUUCAUUGUCCAUGCCGCCCUGGAUGUGGUCGAGGAGGUUCAAUGGCUGAGCCCGAACAUGUGGCUCAAGGUCAUUGACAACUAUGCCCCGACCAACUCACACAUCAGCUGCUUUAUCACUGGCACCAACGUCCGCUUCAUGCUCCUUCAUCAGCCGUCAGCUAUCACGAACGCCUCCGCCGGGAGUCGUUCGUCCACAAUCUCAUCCACUUCCGUGCCACAGAAUCCCACCAGCCCACAGACAGAAGAAGCCAUUCGCCAAUUCAUGACCGAGGUCUUUGAGCUGUGGGUGAAAACGUUGAUGAACCCGUUCUACACCAUCGGGAAGCCCAUCAAAAGCCCUGUCUUUCGGCAACGUGUGGUCGGCGCAGGGCGGAAAUGGUUGUGA